GUCCACUCUCCCCAGCAGGUCCUGCCGAAGUUCCGCCGCCAUCAUGCCCCGACCUUUGACCGGAACACCAGUGCGCAUGCGUCUUCAGGUAUGGAGUGAGAUGAAUGGAGAAAGAAGUGCAGACCCUACAGCAGAUGAUGUAAGUUCCCUCGGAUGGUCUGGUCAGAAUGGGGUUGUGGUUGUAGCUACAACAAGGGUGGAAGGACAACACCAGCACAAGAUCAAGACAUACAGAGUACUUCAUGCAUGAUGAUUAAGUGACAGGCAGCUCACAGUGCAAUGGGACAGAUCAUGGGAAACAAGAAUGGAGGUUACAGCCAUGCCGACAAUGGAAAACGAAUCGUCACUCCAAAUCUCGGAACACCGGAGACAGAUGACAGGGCUAACUACCCUCACUAUGCCGGGAACAAGAUCCAGACCACUAAGUACACCAUCCUCUCCUUCCUGCCCAAGAACCUGUUUGAACAGUUCCACCGUCUGGCCAAUGUGUAUUUUCUCUUCAUUGUCAUCCUCAACUUUGUACCUCAGGUACAAGCAUUUGGAGCAGAGAUCGCCAUGUUGCCUGUCAUCUUUGUCCUUCUCGUCACGGCCAUUAAGGAUCUCUAUGAAGAUUACAGACGCUAUCGGAUGGACAAAGAGGUCAACAACAGGAUUUGCAGAGUCUUUAGCAGAGCGGACAGACAGUACAAGGGCUGUAUGUGGGAGGAAGUCAGGGUGGGUGAUGUCGUCCAUGUGGGCUGCAAUGAGAUGAUCCCAGCUGACCUGGUCCUUCUGAAGAGCAGUGACAAGACAGGUGUGUGCCAUUUAGAGACAGCUAACCUGGAUGGAGAGACCAACCUGAAGACCAGGGAAACAGCACUCAGUCAGCAGGAGGCGCCAUCGUGGGAUGAGGAGGGGGUGAAUUUCUGGAUCGAGUGUGGAAGGCCGAGCAGUGAUGUGUACAAGUUUAACGGCAGGAUAAAAUAUAAUAAGACGAUGCUUCCAUUGUCCAAGGCCCAACUGCUCCAACGAGGCUGUGUUUUGAGGAACACUGACUUUAUUGAAGGAAUAGUGGUGUAUGCUGGCCCUGACACCAAGGCUAUGCUCAACAACAGUGGCCCACGGUACAAGCGGAGUAAGCUGGAACGUCAAAUGAACAUUGAUGUUGCAUUCUGUGCUGUCAUCCUGGUCAUCAUGUGUGUGGUAGGGGCAAUUGGCAAUGGUCUGUGGAUCAACUGGUAUCCUGAGGACAGUGUCCAGCUCUUCGUCCUCCCCAUCGAGGGGCAGCAGGAGGGGCUGGACCCAGCGCUGGACGGCUUCAUCCGCUUCUGGAUGUACAUGAUCAUCUUCCAGGUGAUCAUCCCACUGUCCUUGUACUUUUCCAUUGAGUUGAUCAAGAUGGGGCAGGUGUAUUUUAUUCACCAGGACAUACACUUGUAUGAGCACUCCUCAGACACAUCUCUGCAGUGCCGUGCCCUGAACAUCACGGAGGACCUGGGGCAGAUCCAGUACGUGUUCUCAGACAAGACGGGCACACUGACAGAGAACAUGAUGGUUUUCCGUAGGUGCACUGUCGGUGGGAAAGAUUACGCUCACACCAUCAAAGAUGAGAUGAAGGGUGAGGAGGCACUCCGUAAAAGUGUUGUCCACAUCCCUGGACAGACAACCCAGGCCUUCUUCAUGGACCACCCUAUGCUUCCUGAGCCAAAUCCUAUUCUACAAGAAGGUUGGCAUCAUGAUCCACAGGACUCCAGUGGCCAGCCCCCCAUAGGUGCAACCAGUGGUGCCAGAUGGGAUGUUUCUGGAGAUAACAUUGCUUUUGAACCUGAGACAGACAGCACUGAUGACAUAUCCCAGACCACGCCCAUUCAGUACGAGUCUGAGAGUCCAGACGAGGCUGCCUUGGUGUACGCUGCUGCGGCAUAUGGCUACACCUUACUAGAGCGUACUCCGCGGAGCGUGAGGGUCCGUAAACCGGACCAAAGCGAGAUCACUCUCGCAAUCCUGAACAUCCUCCAUUUUGACUCCACGAGGAAGCGUAUGUCCGUGGUUGUGAGGUAUCCUGAGAAGGGUGAGAUAGUGCUGUACUGCAAGGGAGCGGAUGAAGCUAUAUUCAGCCAGCUGGAUGCAAAUGCUGACGGGCAGCAGGAGAAACAAGUUACUGUGGAGGGGAAUUUGCUGGACUACUCUCAGGAAGGACUCAGGACUCUCUGUAUGGCCAGGAAGGUUAUGACUGAGGCAGAGUAUCUGACUUGGCAAACAGAGUACACCAAAGCUGCACAGCAUUUGGAGGCACGGGAUGAGAUGGUUUACAUGUGUGCAUGCAAGCUGGAGCAAGGUCUCACGCUGCUUGGUGCCACAGGUGUGGAAGACAGACUUCAGGAGGGGGUGCCUGAUACCAUCGCUGCACUCCGGCGAGCUGGACUGGGAGUAUGGAUGCUUACAGGGGACAAACAAGAAACAGCCAUCAACAUCGGCUACUCCUGUCACCUGUUACAGAAGGGAGACAAUGUCAUCAAGUUCAACUGUCAUGAUGGAAAGUUAAUAGACCAGCAGCUUAAAGAGAUCUGUAUCCAACUUGGCACAUGUGGCUGUCAGCAGUGUUGCCCUCAAACAUCCUCUUGCACGGAGAAACUGCACAACUUCUUCUGCAGAUGCGGUCAUACAGUCGAAGCUUCAAACACUUGCUUACGACAGCAGAGACAUGGUUCUGGUGAUGCCCAAUUUGGUUCUCAAAUGUAUGGUGAAUCACUCGAUGUAGCCAAGAGAAUACGAAGGGUAGUCCCAGGAGCUUGGAUUGAAGCUAAUGAAGAUGUAAGACAUAAGCAACCCAAACACAACCCAGCCAGACUAACUAAGUCCCUCCAAGGAGCUGCUUUAUCAGGGGAUCCAUGUCUCGUUGUGGAUGGGCGAACACUUGGGCUGCUUCUAGAAGAGCAGAGAGCUGAUUGGUUGCUGGCAGUGGCGCGGGAAUGCAAGGCUGUCAUUUGCUGUCGUGCCACGCCUCUGCAGAAGGCCAACAUGCUGAAACUUGUCAGAGAGAGAUUACAUGUGAUGACGCUGGCGGUCGGUGACGGUGCCAACGAUGUGAGCAUGCUGCAGGCAGCAGACAUCGGGGUGGGCAUCAUGGGACAGGAAGGGAUGCAGGCCGUCAUGGCUAGUGACUUCUCCACACCGCGUUUCUCAUUUCUACGGAGAUUACUGCUGGUGCAUGGGCACUGGUGCUACUACAGGCUGGCAACUGUAGUGGCUUACUUCUUCUACAAAAAUGCUGCAUUUGUGUUCGUCCUAUUCUGGUACCAGCUGCUGAACGGUUUCUCAGGCUCUGCACCAGGAGACCAGUACUACCUUCUCUUCUUCAACAUCCUCUUCACUUCAGCCCCACAGAUAGUUGUGGGUGUACUUGACCAGAAUCUCCCAGAUGAUGCCCUUAGCAGCUUCCCUGAGCUGUAUGCUGUGGGGAGGGAGAGUCGCACUUACCGCAGGGAACACUUCUGGUGGAACAUAUGUGAUGCACUGUACCAGAGUGCUGUCAUGUUCUUCAUUCCAUAUGGGGCCUAUGCGGAUAGUGACGUGGGAAUCUGGGAGUUUGGAAUGACAGUGAUUGGUGUUGCACUGGUGGUCACUCUGGCCCAUCUGGCCAUACAGAUCAAAUGUUGGACAUACCCACAUGUGCUGAUAAUGCUGGCGAGCCUACUGCUGUAUCUGAUCUUCAGCUUGGUGUACUCUGCAAGCUGUGUCACCUGUAACCCAUUGGGGAACCCCUACUGGCUGUUCCAACAUACCAUCAGCACCCCUGAACACUGGUUGCUGUUGAUUUUGACCACUAUUAUAGCCCUGUUUCCGAGGUUCCUAGUUCAGUAUGUUCAAAGUGUUCUGUUCCCGACGAGAGUUGAUCGGGCACGUCUGUUCACAAAGCGGCCUUAUGGAGACGAGCGCAGCAGCACUUCCACAGCAACUUCCUUUGUUAUAAGUUAAGGGAGUUUACUCUGAUGGUUUUGAAUAUGUUUGCAGAAUACAGUUUCCCUUUUUAGGAGACAAAUGAAUUGAUGUCCUUUUAAACUGGGACUUAAACUGACAGAUGACCACUAUUGUAUGCUUCAGUUUUUGAUGUAGUACUACAUAAUUUGUAGUUCUCAUCUUCAAAACACUUUACACUUUUGAUAAGAAGUUUUUUUAGAGAGCUCUAUUUUAUAACUUACUGGUGUUUGGUACUGUUGUACUGGUGAGAUAUUACUGGGACAGAAUGGCCAGUAUUUACAUGUUCAUUCAGGUUUCGGUCUGUUAACCAGAACUGCACACCAAAGUGGAAAGAUUGCCAACAUAGAUGCAAUUCCGUAUAGAAAAUAGAUGUCAGUUUAUGCAGUGCAGACAGCUUCCUUUGAGACAUGCAAUAUUAAUGCAAAAACACUGCGUUUUCUCCAAAAGAUGCAAUAUGUUGUUAAGGAGCUGCAAGUGUUGACAGAUAAUGGAACAGUGUGUGAGUAGUGCAUGUGAUAAUGUUUGUUUCUUUCCGUGUGUGUUAUGUUUCUGUGUGUUUUUUGUUGUUGUUCUUGUUGUCCACCACUGUCUGUGAUGCUUUGCUUUUGAAAGUCGUACUCAGGGUUUUGCUGCUGAAUGUAGUUGUCAUCUCUGUGAAUGUGCAACAGCUGCUAACUGUAUUGUAUAAAACACUCUCCCAUAGAGCAAUAAUUCCAUAUGCUGCUGUAUGGCGAAAGCCUCUUCUACGAUGCACAUGUACACAUGUAGCUACGUAAGAAAUUAGUGAAAGGAACAGUGAAUUUUUCAGUGGAAGUGCACCCUUUUCAGUCCAUCUCAUCAUGCAAGUAGUCAUGGGGCACCAUUUUUCUGUUUUGUUUUACCUGUUGAUAUGAGAUUAGAGCCCCUCUGCUUACAUCAGAACUAAUGUGCCUUAAGUUUACUUUGUUCUAUAUGCCAUUGCAUUAUAGUCAAUUGUGACCACUCAACAGACUGGUUUGAAGUAAAAAUGGUCAUAGUAGACCAGUAGAGUCUAGCCACGAUAGACAGGGUUAUUAAUGCUUGGGGCAAUAGAAAAAUGAUCAGGGACCACUAAAUGGUGGUUACAAUGACCAGAUGGUCCUUAUGCACAGGCAUUCUCUAGUACAUGUUUGAUUUGUACAUGAAUGUAGAGUCAGCACCAAUGUUCUACCCAUUGCCAUAACAAUACUCACUGGGUCCCAUGCCUUCCUGACACUUGUUGCCAUGACAGCAGAGCUGUGUACAUUUUACCAUUACAUAGCAGAGUUGUCCACUCACCACCAUGAUGCCACAUUUAACUCACACCAUAUUUGUCCACUUGCCAAAAUUCCACCUGUUGUCAUAAUUAAAGAGAUUUGCCAUUCUACCUACAAAGCUUGGAUAUGACAAUUUAGGAAUACAGUGAGUUAUGCUAAACCAGGAAGGACUUAGGUGUGAACUCCUUAGUAAACUGUUUUAUCAAAACAAACAAAAAGGAAUAGUACACCCACAGCUUAAACAUCUACAAAGAUUGCACUACAAGAUUGGAAUAUAUACCAUGUUAAUGUUAUCUUAGGUGAGAAAAGUUGAUGUACAAACCAUACACCAGUCCCAACAAAAAAAA